UCACUGGUGUCAUUGCAAGGCAGGACUGCACACAGAUAGCAUCAACACACAGGAUUGGGCUAAACACUUAGCUGUUCAGAAAAAUUCUUUGGAAUUCAUCAUGAAUAAAUCUGCGGCUCCCGUGUUCAACGAAUGCAUGAAACACAUAAAUUUCAACAAUGAAUCAAUGUGGAAUGAAAGUACAGACACUAACCUCAGCAGAGGUACCUCUCAUCGCCUCUUUAUUGGUGCCCAACGCCAAGAGCCCAACCACAUAGCCAUACCUGCCACCAUCUUUUACAGCCUACUUUUUAUAUUUGGCAUUCUGGCUAAUGGCCUCAGUAUCCUGACUCUCAUGAGGAACGGAAGAAUGAAAGUGAGUGCGGUUCGCUUUUACCUACUUAGUUUGGCCAUGGCCGACAUCUUGCUUCUCCUUACCAUCCCAGUUACACUCUAUCGCUAUUUCUGGCAGUACUACCCAUGGGCUCUAUCUGAUGCUGUCUGUAAGCUCUACUUUAUGAUCAGGCAAGUCUACUGUGCCACGACUAGUUGGACCAUUAUUGCCUUUACAUCAGAGAGAUAUAUUGCGAUAUGUCACCCUAUGUGGUCAAUUACUGGGCUCCGAAAAACCCGCAUGGCUUACUUAUUGGCAUUCAUAUGGCUUCUGUCAUUCCUCACCACCAUACCUGUGGCUAUCGUAUAUGGUGAAUCUUCAGCCUGUAUCUUAGACUAUACCGCUACCUCUCAAGAAGAGGCCGUACUGGAUUCUACUGUAUGUGAAAUGUUGGAGCCAAAGCCCUAUAUUGUGUAUAAAAGCAUAAUGCAGACUCGCAGUAUCUUGUUCUUUGUAAUGCCGCUUCUUACAAUUAUUAUCUUCCACCUACUCAUUUUCCACCAUCUCAGUCUCAAUCACCGGCAAAGGGAGAAAAUUGGGCUCACAGGCACACACUGGAAUUUUUCUUCAACCCAAAUGAAACAGACUCAAAGCCGUCCAUUUUCAGAGAAAAGGGCUCGCCAACUUAUGGGAGCUGUAGUGGCUGCUUUCUUCCUCUGCAACUUCCCUGAUACGGCUUCUUCUCUCAUGCAAAUUUAUAUCGAUAACUGGAAUGCACACGUCUACAAAGUAUACACCUGGCUGAAGACCUACCUCUCUCUACCGCUCUGGUAUCUCAACAGUGCUUUGGAUCCAAUACUGUUCUGUAUUUCAUCUACCUCUUUUCGAAGUGCUUGUUGGGAGACUCUGAUCACAUUUCUGCCAUGCCAUGGAAAACCUACCAAUGGUCCAGGCCACACUUAUCAAGCUUCUUGUUUAAGAUCAGGUGGCUCGUCCCUUGUGUCUGCACCAAGUACACGCUCAACAUGGACACUGAAUUCAAAUGAAGGGGAGCAUAGGGAAAGUCUGGCUCUUUCCCGAUCAAGUGAGCCAAAGCUUCUAUACUUUCGCCAGAUAGCCAUGAUGGAGACGGGUGAUUACUCGAUUCCUUAGAGAAAUCAAAGGCCUAUAGGCAGCUGCUUAGGAUAUUAUAUUCAAUGGUGUAACAACAGAAAAGUAGGCAUGGCUAAAUGUUGGUGCAGGUCCUUCAUUUUGCUCGAGUGGGCUUGAGACUUCAUCAAGGGUCUUCUGCAAUGUUUCAC